AUGUCCAUGAGGAGCCCCACCUCGCCACCCCCGGAGCUGGAUGGAGCGGGCACCAUGGUGAACUGCGCCGUCAAGACCGAGGAGAAGAAGGAGGGCGGCCCCGAGACGCCCCCGGGGGCUGCCCCCAGCACCGAGCCCCGGCCCCACGACCCGCCAGGGCCACCUCCCAGGGAUGGCACCGACCCCCAGGCCCUGCCACAGGUGGGUAGUGUGAGGGGUUGGUUUGAAUCCCGCUCUCCCACCGGAGAUGUCCCCGAGCCCCGGCGCUCCACCUUCGAGCCGGCCGGGAGCGGCCAGGAGAAGCUGGACUUCAAUAGGAACCUGAAGGAAGUGAUGCCAACUAUCGAGAAGCUGCUGGCCAGUGACUGGAAGGAGCGGCUGCUGGGUCGGAACACGGCUGAAUCCAAGGAAGUGAAAGGAACACAGGAGAGCCUGGCAGAGAAGGAGCUGCAGCUGCUGGUGAUGAUCAACCAGCUGUCCACGCUGCGGGACCAGCUGCUGACGGCGCACUCGGAGCAGAAGAACAUGGCCACCAUGCUCUUCGAGAAGCAGCAGCAGCAGAUGGAGCUGGCACGGCAGCAGCAGGAGCAGAUCGCCAAGCAGCAGCAGCAGCUCAUCCAGCAGCAGCACAAGAUCAACCUCCUCCAGCAGCAGAUCCAGCAGGUCAACAUGCCCUACGUGAUGAUCCCCGCCUUCACCCCCGGCCACCAGCCCCUCCCGGUCACCCCCGAGUCCCAGCUGGCACUGCCCAUCCAGCCCAUCCCCUGCAAACCGGUGGAUUACCCGGUGCAGCUCCUGCACAGCCCUCCUCCUGCCACGCUGAAGAGACCCGCGGGCCCAGGACACCUCCAGAUGCAGGAGACCUCGCAGCCGCUGAACCUGACGGCCAAACCCAAAGGCUCCGAGCUGCCCAGCGCCUCCAGUUCUCCCAGUUUGAAGAUGAGCAGCUGCCAGACCUUGGCACCGAGCCACGGGGCCAGCAGGGAGCUGCAGAGCAGCCCCUCCAACCUCCCGCUGGGUUUCCUGGGAGAGGGCGAUGCCAUCACCAAAGCCAUCCACGACGCGCGGCAGCUGCUGCACGGCCACGGCGCCGCCAUGGAGGGGUCCCUGAGCAGCCCCUACCGCAAGGAGCCCGUCGGGAUUGACUCCUCCCCGGUGAAGGAGAGGAUGGAGGAGACGCCCGGCCACCGGCUGGACGAGGCUCUGCUGAGCUGCGAGAUGGACGGCUCCCGGCACUUCCCGGAGUCCAGGAACAACAACCACAUCAAGCGGCCCAUGAACGCCUUCAUGGUGUGGGCCAAGGACGAGCGCAGGAAGAUCCUGCAGGCGUUCCCAGACAUGCACAACUCCAGCAUCAGCAAGAUCCUGGGAUCCCGCUGGAAAUCCAUGUCCAACCAGGAGAAGCAGCCCUACUACGAGGAGCAGGCACGGCUGAGCCGGCAGCACCUGGAGAAGUACCCGGACUACAAAUACAAACCACGGCCCAAGCGCACCUGCAUCGUGGAGGGCAAGCGGCUGCGCGUGGGAGAGUACAAGGCACUGAUGAGGAACCGGCGCCAGGACGCCAGGCAGGGCUACUUGAUAGGGCCGCAGGGCAGCCAGGUGCCCCCCAGCUCUUCGGACGUGCUGUACCCACGGCCGGUGGGCGUGCAGCUGCCCCCGCCCCUCCUGGAGCAUUACCUGCCCCGCGGCGUGGACCCCACCAUGCCCGUCAUCGUCAACACCCGCAGCCUCAAGGACGGCGACGCCGGGGACGACGGGCACUCGGUGCCCGAGGGGGACAUGUACCGCUACAGCGAGGACGAGGACUCGGAGGGCGAGGACAAGAGUGACGGCGAGCUGGUGGUGCUGACGGACUGAGGGGCACAGGGGGACAGAGGAGGGGGUGGCAGGGCUGGCUGCCACCUCUGGGCGUGUCCUGCUGCGGUGGCACUCGGCCACAGGGGAGCUGCCCACCUGUAGAAGGGUCCCACGAGGGUGGGCACCUGGGAUUUUGGGUGGCAAGGACUGGCUUGGCCUUGCUUUGGUGGCACGUGGAGCUGAGGCCAGCGAGCCUGGAGAUUUGGUGAUGCUGUGGCUGCUGCGCUGUCACCCCUGAGGGGACCUGAGGCUCUCGGGCUGGAGGGAACCUCCAGAGCAUCUCCAGCCCUGCAGCACCUGCAGCGGGUCCUGGAGAACCUCACCUGCUGCACUGCUGG